AUGUAUCCUAAUCAACAAUAUCCUCAAGCAGGUAGAGGUACUGGAGUUCCAUAUCCACAACAACCACCAUAUGGUGGUGCUGGUCAAGGAUAUGCAGGUGGUUAUCAACAAAAUGCACCAUCACCAUACGGAGGUAAUCAAUUUGCUGGUAAUCCGUAUAAUCAAGGAGGACAGCCUUAUGGACAAAAUAGUGGAUAUAAUCAAUCAGCCUAUGGUGCUAAUCAAUAUGAACCAAGCCCCAAUGCGCCUGGAGCUCGUUAUCCUCCACCACAAAAUGCUGGUUAUGCUUCUAAUUUUGGUAAUUUUAUGUCCAAUGAUCAACGAACACAAAGAUUAAAUCAAGUGAUUCAACAAUAUGAAAUUAAUCAACAAUUUGCUGCACGUUUACAAACACUUGGUAAUUGUGAAAUUGUUUUAUUAUGUGAUGAUUCAGGUAGUAUGAAUACACCAAUUCAAGGAACUAAUCAAACACGAUGGGAUGAAUUAAAAUCUCUUGUUAAUAUUAUUGUUGAUAUUAGUAGUAUAAUGGAUUCGAAUGGUAUUGAUGUUUAUUUUUUGAAUCGAGAACCAAUGUUAAAUGUAACUGAUACACGUUAUGUUCGACAAGUAUUUAAUACACCACCACAAGGUUUAACUCCACUUGUACCAGCAUUACGAAGAAUUCUUGCAUCUAAACGUAAUCAAACAAAUGAAAAGAAAUUAUUAAUUCUUGUUGCUACUGAUGGAGCACCAACAAAUGAAUAUGGACAAGUUGAUAUUGGUGCAUUAGAAGGUGUUCUACGUCAUGAACGUACACCACAAACAUAUGUUACAUUUUUGGCUUGUACAGAUGAUCUUCAAGCAGUAAAUUAUUUAUCAAAUUGGGAUAAAAUGAUGCCUAAUAUAGAUGUAAUUGAUGAUUAUCGUUCGGAACGUGCUGAAAUUCAACGAACACGUGGAGGAAAUUUUCCAUUUUCAUUUGGCGAUUAUAUUGUUAAAUCGUUAUUAGGUGCUAUUGAUCCAUGGUUCGAUUCACUGGAUGAUCGUGCUUAA